AUGGCCCGGCUCCCGGUCGCGCUCGCUUGCAUCAGCCUCCUCUGCCUGCAGCUCCCGGGAGCUCUGGCCCGGGCUCGGACCCGUGCACCCGCCAAAGGCAGACCCCGGGCCCAGACUCCUCUCGGUGAUCCUCACCCCCAGCGGCCUGCACCUCGCCCUGCAGUCUGGAAACGUUGGAAGGUCCAUCCGCAGCGGAGUGCCAGCCUGGCCCCCCGCAGUGGUCACCGUGCCUGGAGCGGCCCCCACCGCCGCCGCCACCGUGGCUCCUCGGGCCCCUACCGCACCCGAGCCCAGCUCCUGCGGGUGGGCUGUGUGCUGGGCACCUGCCAAGUGCAGAACCUGAGUCACCGCCUGUGGCAACUGUUGGGGCCGCCCGGGCCUCGAGACGUAGCCCCCGUGGACCCCAGCAGCCCCUACAGCUAUGGCUGACACGCAGCCAUAUCCCCCCCCCCCCAUAUGCUGCCGCUGCUCCCCAGACCCAACACUGCAGACAGCAGAAACUCCCACAGAGGGCAGCCCAGGCCUAACACCUCCUGCCCCCCGAGACAGCUGUGGACACUUGACCCACGCUCACCAGUGGACACGUGCAGAACCCACACUCCCUACUGACCU